AUAUCUUCCUCUCUUUUCUCUCUAUGUCAGGUAUGACCAUACCAGAAGAAGACACAGAGGCAGGACAGACCAGUAAAUACUGCCUUGUGGCCAUCGGAAGACUGCAGGUUACCAGUUCUCCCGUUUCCAUGGAUAUGAACGGCCUGACGGUUCCCACGGAGUUCCUGUCACGCCACAACUCCGACGGCAUCAUCACUUUCGUGGACCCGCGGUGCAUCAACGUGAUUGGAUACCAGCCUCAGGAUCUGCUGGGGAAAGACAUCCUGGAGUUCUGUCACCCAGAGGACCAGAGUCACCUGAGAGAGAGCUUUCAACAGGUGGUAAAGUUGAAAGGCCAGGUGUUGUCUGUGAUGUACAGGUUUCGUAUGAAGAACAGAGAGUGGAUGUUAAUCCGCACCAGCUCCUUCACCUUCCAGAACCCCUACUCCGACGAGAUCGAGUACAUCAUCUGUACCAACACCAACGUCAAGCAGCUCCAACAGCAGCAGCAGGCAGAGCUGGAGGUCCAUCAGAGGGACGGCCUGACAGCCUAUGACCUAUCACAGGUGCCCGUUCCCAGUGUGGGAGGAGGGGUUCACGAGGCGGGCAAGAACACUGACAAGACGGACACCAUGUUCUCACAGGAGAGAGACCCGCGCUUUGCUGACAUGUACUCCGGCAUCUCUGGCUCUGGUGAGAAGAAGAUGAUGGUUCCUUCGUCUACGGCGGGAGGUCAGCAGCUCUACUCCCAGAACUCUCCCUUCCAGCCCGGACACUCUGCCAAGAGCUUCAGCUCCUCAGUGAUCCAUGUCCCGGGGGUGAACGAUAUCCAGCCGUCGGGAUCGUCCAAUCAGAACCUAGCUCAAAUCUCCAGACAGCUCAACCCAGGACAGGUGGCCUGGACUGGCAACAGACCCCCGUUCUCUGGCCAGUCCACAAAGGCCCAGUCCAGUCCGUUUGGGAUAGGCUCCGGCCACAGUUACCAAGGAGACCCAUCUUCCUAUAGCCCCCUGUCCUCCCCGGCCACCUCAUCGCCCAGCGGCAACGCCUACUCUGGACUGGCCAACCGGAGCACGGCGUUCGAUGUGUCAGGAGAGGGCAGUCAGAGUGGGGGUCAGUUCCAGGGUCGGCCCAGUGAGGUCUGGUCCCAAUGGCAGAACCAGCACCAUGGCCAGCAGGGAGGAGAGCCACACUCACACCCCAACCCCUCCCAGACAGAGGUGUUCCAGGACAUGUUGCCGAUGGCAGGAGACCCAACACAAGGAACAGCCAACUACAACAUUGAAGACUUUGCUGAUCUGGGCAUGUUCCCUCCCUUCUCCGAGUAGAACCCUUUAACGUUCUAUCAAUGGAACACUGCUCUGUUCUUCCACUAGAACCCUCUGAUAGUGGAAAAGGAAUAGAACGCAAUGUGCUGGUUCCUUCAUGGCUCCCCAACCUCACACACACCCUUUAUCACACACACACUUUAUCACACAGUGAAUGUCCAGAUGCACCCUCUCAUAAACACUCUGACACCUCUUUCCUUUACGAGAAGAGAGUUGCUUCUAUACAAGACUGGGACAUUGCUAGUGGUGUACUGACCUUUUCCUUUGUAAUAAUGUCUUCAUUCACUUAAAUGAUGCCUGUUCUUUUAACAAAGGCUUGUCAAUUUAAAGGUGCAAUCUGUAACGUUAAUUUCCCCUAGUGGCAUCUUGAAGUACUACAAAAUAUGCCAAGAAGCAGUAAAAAAAUACAAAGCCUAGAAAAUUCACCAGUGCAGAUCCCCCCCCCGCCUUCCGUUUGCAAACAAUUGCAGGGGCAGGCAGCACUUUUGGGGGGGAAACAAAAAUUACAGAUUGCACCUUUUAAGCUGCCAAUAUCCACUUUGCACUCCAUUUGAAGUCUACUCUGCCAAACUGCUCCGGGCCAAGAGACACUCACCACGCUGAUCAAUGUUGGUACCAUCGAUACGUAUUAUCAUACAGUAUGUCACUGCUGCUCCUCCCUCAGUAUUACAUUAAGCUUUAUGCUGUAAAUUAUACCUAUAUGUAGUGAUGUUCAUAACACCUAGAUAAAACCUACCGAAGUCUAGAAGGAUUCUGUGUAGAAAAAAAUUAAAUAAAGAUUUCACUCACUGGCAAAAGUCGCUAAGCUACAAUGCUUAAGUGCACUUCAUCGAAGCUAACCGCUAAAACUCACCAGCUUGCUAAAAAGGGAAAAACCGCCAUACCGCCAAAGCAACGCAGUACAGUAUAUAUACUAGUUUAGUGUAUCCUUGUGGCUCUCGCUGCUCUACUUUAUAACUUUAUUAUAUUAUUCUCUUUUCUGAUUAUUAACAGAGACUGAAUUCUACUUUAUAGCGAGGGAACUUUUACAUGAUAGAUUGUGUACCGUGUCUCUGGUUAAUGACUGAUGGGACAGAAUGAUAGAUUGUGUACCGUGCCUCUGGUUAAUGACUGAUGGGACAGAAUCUACAACUGGAAUCCUUUUGCUAAAAAAAAAGUCUAAAAAUGUAUGUUUUUGUAAAUAAUGUGAUUUUUAUGUUGACUCGUUACUUUUACACAGUAUACGUUGUUUUUUGUGUAGGGUUAUGUAGGUGUCAUCAAUGUGUGCAAUGUGAGUACAUAUUUAACUAUCGGUAUUUAGUUUAGUCUUAAUUGUACAUUGAGUUUAAGGAACCUGUAUAAAAUUGUGUAAAUGUUACCCAUUAUUUUUGUUUAACACAUUUUUGUGCUUGUGAAAAUAAAUGUUUAUUGGUUA